AUGGUCAGGCUCGCUCCUCUUUCGCUCGCUCCUCUUUCGCUCGCAGCGGUUUCGCUGCACGGUGCGCUCGCCCAGCUCGGCAGCACGACGGCCAAGACGGAGGUGGUGAAGCCGUUUGACAAGCUGCAGCUGGACGCCCGUUCACCCAUGGUUCGCUGGGUCGGAGACCCCGAAGGAAAGGAGACCAUCAAUGCGACCGGGACAUGGUCAGCGGUCAAGUGCAAGGUUGACGGCUGCUCCGGCCCCGACUGCCCCUCGAGUGACUUUUGCCGCGCAGCCGUUGCUGGAACCGAGGCGACGCUCGAGUUCAACUUCACCGGAUCCGCGAUCACCAUCUACGGCAACACCUGGCAAGACAUGUCGAUGGGGGCUGUGGUUAACCUGCCCGACAUGGGCGACGUGACGGUCACCAUCAACGGGGAGGAGAAGCCGCCCUCCAAGCUGUCCAACACUGGUGGUCAGCUCGCCAAGGUUGACCUGAACGGUCAGGUGAACCAAACCAACAUCAAGUUCAAGUUCAAGCCGCAGGGCUUCAUGACUGUGAACAUGAUUGACAUUGUUCUGCCGACGGCACAGCUGGAUGGCAAGGAGUGA